GUUGGUAAUUUCCUUGGUUCAGUCCAAGAGGAAAUUGGUAAGUUCUCACAAAUUAAUAAAAUGUAUGUCUUUGUAUAUUUUUAAUUUUAUUGCUAGAUGUUCUUGUAAAUUUCAUUGUGUUGGAUCUAUACAUGAGAGGGAGAAGAGAGGUUUGUGCAAGAGGAAAAAUGUUACUUUUGACUUUCCCUGUGUGGUUCAGCUGACUCUCAGGGAGGAAAUUGUGAGGCCAAAUGCAAUUAGUUUUUCUGCGCGACUACAGCAACCACUGAAUUCAGUAGGUUUGCUCCCAUUGCAGUUAAAAACCAACAGUUUAGCUGCUCAUCCAUGUCAACCAGCACGAAGGUGGAGAUUGCACAUGCCUAUGAGAAGAAUAGUGUGGCCUGCUUCAGCAUCUGAUCGAUGA